UAGGAAGGAGCAACUGCGUGUGUGUCCGCUGCAUGGUAAAGAAACAGAUACUGGGCUAGACAAAGGGAGUUGUAGGGUGGACUGAUCUUUGUUAGAUAUUGCUAGCUGCCUAGCUAUACCGUUUGAUUUGUUUAUUCAGUAACUGUAAGGCAUACAAUGGGUUUACUUACGAUAUUGAAGAAAAUGAAGCACAAGGAACGCGAGAUGAGACUGCUAAUGCUUGGCCUGGAUAAUGCUGGGAAAACGACCAUUCUGAAGAAGUUCAAUGGAGAAGACGUCAGCACUAUAUCUCCCACGCUGGGAUUCAAUAUAAAAACUCUGGAACACAGAGGAUUUAAGCUAAACAUUUGGGAUGUGGGAGGCCAGAAGUCACUGCGCUCCUAUUGGAGGAAUUACUUUGAGAGCACUGACGGGCUGGUGUGGGUUGUGGACAGCGCCGACCGGCUUAGGCUGGAGGACUGCAGGCAGGAGCUGAACGCACUGCUGCUAGAGGAGCGGCUAGUAGGAGCCACGCUCCUGGUGUUUGCCAACAAACAGGACCUGCCAGGGGCCCUGCCCAAAGAUGCCAUUCGGGAGGCUUUGGCACUGGACGACAUAAAGACACAUCACUGGUGCAUUAUCGGCUGCAGCGCGGUGACCGGGGAGAAUCUGCUCGUUGGUGUGGACUGGCUACUGGAUGAUAUCAGUGCACGGAUAUUCACCACAGACUGAGGCAGUUUACACGUGUGCACACCCACAUGCACGCAUGCACACACACACAAUACGGAACACUGGUCUAUUCACGCGUGCAUAGACUCAGCGCUCAAGCACAGCUAAUGCAGGAUGGUAAACAGCUAUACUUACAGUGGGGUGGAGGUGCACCUAAAUAAAAUCCCAUGCUGUAGCAGCAGCAUUCAGUCCAGUCAAAGUUCAACCUGUCCUGUCACAUUUGUGGGCGGCACCAGCUGUGCUCACAGGAUCAGAACACUGCAGGUCCCCUCACACUAAGGUGUCCAUUCAUUUCACCUCUCCUGAGUGGAGUUUCUGUGACUGUGUUCUGUGGUAUAGCUUAAGCCUUAAAUUCUGUGCUAAAUGGGAAAGUAUUAAAAAAACUUAAUUCCAGUGUGCACAUCUUUUAUGUCUGAAAAUGUUGCUUGACUCUAAGUUUGCUGAACUGAGAUUACACUAGCAAGUGCAACUAAUGUCCCGCUUGGCCAGACUUAAUGUCUUUGGAGCCACCCUGUAAUCAUUGCAAGCCAGUAACUGCCCUUUUGAUAGUGCUUGUUUGAAGAUAUACUCUCUACUGGCCAGUUUGACACUGCAUUACUGUUUUGAUCUGGUGAUGUAUGGUGCAGCUACAAAUGCCAGGUGUGUAAGCCAGCAUU